UGUUUCAGAUGGAAGAACCGAAGUUUAAAAAUCAAUUAAAAAGAUAAAUUAGAAAACAGCCGAAAUUAUGUACCGUGUGGAUCUAUCCGUGGAGUCUGAUUAUAUUGUCGGCACUGCCUCGGAGACGGUCAAUGAGACGUAUGUUAGUGAUGUCAGUAACAGUACUUACAUAUCCAGAAGAAAUGAAAGCCAAUAUGUUAUGGAGGACGACGAGUUUAUAUUCGACAGAACAGAUGUUAGGGCUAUAUUUAUCACGCUUUACACAAUCGUGUUCUGCUGCUGUUUCUUUGGAAACCUUCUCGUAAUUCUAGUGGUGACUCUCUCGAGACGACUGCGUUCUAUAACGAACUUCUUUCUGGCAAAUUUAGCGGUAGCUGAUUUAUGCGUUGGAGUUUUCUGCGUAUUUCAAAAUCUAACGAUAUAUCUUAUUCCGAGCUGGGUAUUCGGCGACUUUCUAUGCAAGAUGUAUCAGUUUGUGCAUUCGUUGAGUUACACGGCGUCGAUAUUUAUAUUGGUGGUGAUUUGUACGGAGAGAUACUUCGCCAUCAUACACCCUAUAACGUGUAAACAGAUCCUGACGUCAACGAGGUUGAGGUUGGUGAUUUUGGGUGUUUGGGUAACCAGCGCAGCCUACAGCGCACCUAAGUUUAUAUGGGUAGAGACGAUCACAAAUGACUUAGGCGACGGACACAUGGAGACAAUUUGCAUACAACAUCGAAUGAAAUACAACUCUGAAAUAUUCGACAUGGUCAAUUUCGGUCUUCUCUACGUGACACCUCUCUGCGUGAUGACGGUUCUUUAUACAAGAAUUGCAGUGGGCUUGUGGCAGAGUUCGCACGGACUCGGGAAGCUAGGACAGGGGAAAUGCUGUGCAACGCAGUGCCCACGUGUGGAUAAAUCGGCCUCUACCAGCUGCGAAACCCAAAGAACUCUUGUGGGAGCUUCUGACACUAAGGGAAAAGUAUCGACAUCACCAAGAAGUUCAAAACCCCAUGAAACCCGAAACUGUCAUCAUUUGAGCCACCUCUCCCGAAACGUGCUUCGCGCGCGCCGUGGUGUCGUCCGCAUGCUCAUUGUCGUCGUACUAACCUUUGCCAUAUGCAAUCUUCCAUUUCACGCGCGCAAGAUGUGGCAGUACUGGUCGAGUGGCUACCAGGGUACGAGUGACUUCAGCGCUCUCUUGACACCAUUAACCUUCCUGAUCACAUAUUUCAACUCUGGAAUCAAUCCGCUAUUGUACGCGUUUCUGUCUAAGAACUUCCGGAAGGGAAUGCGGGAACUCUUAUUCUGCAACUUUCCCGGGAAAAGGAAGAGUGAUAAUUUAAUACUAUUGAAUCGCGUCGGUGGAAUGGGAUUGCGAAGAAGCUCGACACGAUCCACACGCGCCAACUGCAGCACGGUCACGAUGGCUCCCAAUGGGGAAUCAUGAGGUUUACAUCGCCGCAGGUUUCUCUAUAAAAUCGAAAAUACGGACAUUUCCUGAUUAACGGAGAGUACCGAUGAGGUAACUAGUAGCAGCUAUUGUACGGUUUCAACGAUUUCUAGGCGAGAUUUGUACGAUUGAAUCUCCGUUAUGAGCCGUCUAAUUGUGAAUACCAAAAGGACUAUGUUGAAUUAGUGAUCUCAUGAGCUUAAAAUAGUACGUAAAUGUUGUAAUUGGAUAAAUGUUAUGAGUAAUGUUUUUUUUUUUUCACUUUUGUAUAAAUAAGUUAUUUUAUUAAGCUUUGUUGUAAAAUAUGUAGGUAUUUUAUAAUUUAUUUCACAUUGAAUGUAAAUAUUUAUAUUGAAACUAUUCAUAAAAUUUUAAUAAUAUUCAUAUGCUUGCAAAUAUUUGUAUGCAGAAAACUAAUGUACUUUUACAAAAAUCUUAGUAGUUAGUGGUUAAGUAUAGUAACUUUAUUAAAAAUUUCUUACACUUUGUACAUAACGAAAUAAUUAUUUAUAUUUAUAAGAAUAUUAAAAAAAAUAUAUUAUAGAUGCAAAGUUUCAAGUGGUACAAAUAUUAUAAUUAUUUUAAAUAGUGUUUGAUUUUGAAAGUCAAUUACCUAAUUUUGAUGAACCAAUAUUGUGUAAUCGCUUUUAUUAUAUAUAGAAUUAGUCACACGAAUCUCUAUAUCACUAGACAUUUUUCCUUUUCAAUCCUCUCAUCCUUUAAAUGUA